ACGGACCGUCGAUUCAACUGCAAGCAACGGAACAAACCGCCGACGCUUUCGCUAAUAUUCAGCUACAAACUUGACAUAUUUCGAGAAAGUUUGAGCUGUAUUCGUGAGUCAUCUUCUCGCACUACGCUUGUGAACGUGUCUCUUUUGAUACAACGUUAGCUUAAUUGCGUUUUAAUCGACGCCAGCCGAACAAAGGAUUUCAAGCCACACGCGGCCUGGUUGUUGCAGACAAUAUAACAAUGGCCAAGGGAGAGGACUCUCACACGGAAAUUGCCCGCGUUCGCCAGAAGGACGGCAUCAACGUGAUCUUUGACCGCAGCAGCGCUGACGCUUCGCGCUCCCGUUCACGAUCCAAAAGCAGCAGACGCUCCAGCGGCUCCGGUCGCCACAGGGGGCGCAGCAACCGCCGGCAUCGCCGGUGUUCGUCGUCUUCAUCCAGCAGCAGGUCCUCCUCCCGCUCUCGCUCCCACCCCCGUUGCCACAGACCGUCUUCCCGCUGUCGCUGUGACAACCAUCGCAGACAUGGCCGCCGAUCCGCGCCACGCCGCCAUAUGGAAAGCUCUGACUCCCCCUCCCCCUCCAGGCACUCUCGUCACCGACGCAACAGGUCCCGCUCCAGCAGGUCCGGCCGGGCAGUUAGCCGGUUCUCCCAGUCCCCGCCCAGAAACCACAGGAGCAGCUCUGGAUCCGAAUAUUCCGAAAAUUCCGUUGACCUGAGUAUUGAUGAUAAAGGAAACCCCAUCAUGUCUGCCAAUGCUUCCAUAAUCCAAGAGGACGAGAAACUCUACAGUCCUGAGAUCGUGGAAUCAAUCCAGUCGGCUCAGGCAGUGGAGUCCAAUCAAGUGUCGCGAGAGACAUGGGUGAGACAAGACCUGGAAAAGACUCCGUCACAGAGCGAUGAGGGGGAGCUUGAUGAUAUGUUCAGCUUAGGGAUGUCCCUGAAAAGGAGGACGAUCUCUUUCAGCAUUAACAACGCCGUGUUAAAACCAGCAGCUGCUGCCGCCGCGUCGGGGGCAAAGGUAACUUCCAGAAUGGACAGCUAUGAAAGCCGGAAGCCGUAUGGCCACUGGAUGCCAGUCAAAUCAGGCCACGCCUCCAGGGCACGCAGACACACACCGGCACGCUAGUGUGUCAGAGUACAUGGACGCUGUGAAUACUGUACAUAUGUUUUACAUUUUUAUGGCACAAGUUUUAUUACAGAUGAAAGACUUGUGUGAGGAGAUGGGAAGAAUUCAAUCAGGUGGGAUUAUUUGCAUAUAUGCAUUUUUUUUUUGCCCAUUGUUGUAUAUUGUGCUUCAAUAAAGUAUUUAUUUGAUUAAAA